AUGUCGAGUUCAUCUCAAUUACGAUUUACAGCAAUUGGUUCACUUGGUUCACUUGAAUAUGGAAAAUCAUUUAUCAAUCAACCACGUGGUAUAGCUUAUCGAGCAUCAGAUUCUUUAUUAUUUAUUGCUGAUUCAAAAAAUGAACGUGUUGUUGCAUUUACAGAAGAUAAUAAAUUAGCUAAAAUUAUAAGUAAUUAUGGAUGUAAAAAUGGUUUAGCUGUCAUGAACAAUGAUCAAAUUGUAAUGAGUGAUGAAUUACAAGUAUUAAUAUUAAAUAAAGAUCUUCGUUUAAUACGUACAAUAGCUUGUGAUGAUGUUGAUGCUGGUUUAACAAAUUAUCAAGGUAUUUGUGUCGAUAAAAAUGAUUUAAUUUAUGUAUGUGAUCAAACUAAUCGACAAGUUAAAGUUUAUGAUCCAAAAACUGGAAAUAUUGUACGAUUUUUUGGUAAUAAAACAUUGUUUAGUUCACUUGCUUAUUGUGUAUCAACAAAUGAACAUAUUUAUGUGACAGAUCCACAAGGUUCAUGUAUUCAUAAAUUUACACUUGACGGAACAUUUGUUCAACGUUUUGGUAGUGAAACAUCAGCAAAUUUUCCUCAAGCACUUUCAAGUCCUCGUGGUAUAACCGUAUUUCCAAAUACACGUCAUUUAUUAGUUGCUGAUUCACAUAAUGAUCGUUUAGUCUUUUUUAAUGAAAAUGGACAAUAUCAACAAAUAAUUACAAGUGGAAUUGAAUAUCCGGAAUCAUUAGCAGUUAAUAAGAAAGGAGAUAUUUUUGUUGCUAUGAAUGAUCGUAUUGGUGUAUUUGCUCGACAAAAAUAA